UUCAAGUGCAGAAAGCCACUGCGAUCUGCCUUUUUUCAGCCAGACCCGGGUGCGGCAAACGCCAGCUGCUAGUCUCCAAAGUUACAUUGCCAUGGACCCUCGAAAAGAUAUAAGGGACGAAUCUCGGCUUUAUCAAACCACCCUACUUCAGGAUGGACUGAAAAAAUUACUGGAUGAGAACAAGUUUGUUGAUUGUUCCCUGAAGGUGGGCAAUAAGCUCUUUCCUUGCCACCGACUAAUCCUGGCAGCGUGCAGUCCUUACUUCCGUGAAUAUUUCUUUUCAGAAGAAAAUGAGGAGAAGAAACGUGAGGUGAUUCUCGAAGAUGUUGAUGAAAAUGUCGUGGAUAUGAUCCUUCAGUACCUGUAUUCCUCUGAAAUAGAACUGACCGAUGAGAACGUGCAAAAUGUUUUUGCCGCGUCUAGUCGCUUUCAGAUUCCCUCUGUUUUCACACUGUGUGUCACCUACCUUCAAGAAAAGUUAUCUGCUAGCAACUGCCUGGCCAUAUUCAGGCUAGGACUCCUUCUUGACUGUCCUCGGCUUGCUCUUGCUGCCCGUGAGUAUGCGUCCGCUCGUUUUGAACAAAUCUGUAAAGAUGAAGAUUUUCUGCAACUUGCCUCGCAUGAGCUCAUCGGCAUAAUAGCGAAUGACGCUUUAAAUGUGGAGAAGGAGGAAGCUGUAUUUGAAGCUGUAUUAAGAUGGGUCCGAAAUGAUAAAGAGAACAGGGUCAAAAGCUUCGGAGAAAUCUUUGACUGCAUCCGCUUUCGCCUUAUGGCUGAGAAAUAUGUCAAAGACCAUGUGGAAAAAAAUGACAUUGUUAAAGCUAAUCCAGAUCUGAUAAAGAAGGUUCAAAUGGUUAAAGAUGCUUUUGCUGGGAAACUUCCCAAGCCUGCGAAAGGAGACGACAAAACCGCAAAGGAAGGAGAAAGCGGUGAAGAUCUGGUUAAUGGUGACGUAGGUGAUGAAGAUCUGCUCCCUGGUUUCUUGAAUGACAUUCCCAGACAUGGCAUGUUCGUCAAGGAAAUGAUCAUGUUCAUUAAUGAUACGGCGGCGGUGGCAUAUGAUCCAAACCUAAAUCAAUGCUUUCUGGCUGCAUUGGGUGAUCAGAUUCCCAGAAACCAUGUUAGUUUGGCUACUAAGGGAAACCUAAUUUUUGUUGUUGGUGGAUUAUAUAUGGAUGAAGAAGUUAAAGAACAGCCUUAUCACUGCUAUUUCUACCAGUUCGACAGCAUCGCUGGUGAAUGGGAUGGCUUGCCACCGCUGCCUUCAGCCAGAUGUCUCUUCGGAAUGGGAGAAGCAGAGAAAUUCCUUUAUGUGAUUGGUGGCAAGGAUCUUCCAAAUGAACAAGCGCUGGAUUCAGUGUUUUGCUAUGACAUGAACAACCUAAAAUGGAAUGAAUCCAAAGCAUUCCCUUUUAAGAUUUAUGGCCACUCUGUGGUUUCACAUAAUGGAUUAAUCUAUGUUAUUGGUGGGAAAACUGAUGACACUAAAUGUAUCAACAAAUUGUUUGUCUACAAUCCUAAAAAAUCGGAGUGGAGGGAACUCGCAGCUAUGAAGACAGCACGUGCUAUGUUUGGAGCUGCUGUUCAUCAAAGCAAAAUCUGGGUUGUUGGAGGAGUCACUGAUGAUGGUUUGACAGCUGCAGCUGAAGCAUAUAACAUCAUGAAUAAUAAAUGGGAAAUAAUGCCAGAAUUCCCGCAAGAGAGAAGUUCUAUAAAUAUCAUCAAUAUGGCUGGAUCACUUUAUGCUAUUGGAGGUUUUGCUAUGAUUCAGUUGGAAGAUAAAGAAUUUUCUCCCUCAGAAUUCACUGAUGUGUGGAAGUAUGAAGAUGACAAGAAGGAAUGGUGUGGCAUGGUGAAGGAAAUUAAUUAUGCUGCAGGAGCCACGUGUCUUGCUGUAUGCCUCAACAUGUUCAGGCUUACCAAAUUAUAAAUAGUUCCAUAGAGUUAUUAAUAUUGCUGCUAUAUGAAGACAAACAUUACUGGUGUAUGGUACCAACUGGAAUUAUUACUCCAUAUAAUUAAACUCUGUAUAAAAUCAU